AUGUCAUCUGAAACCGAAGCCGGUACUCCACAAGUCUUCAUCGGUCACACACCAGGCAGUGUUUAUUCGGUGGUUGGCGAAGAUUUCCUGGCCAACGUCUUCGAUAUUGAUGGCGAACAAUUCUUGGAUGGUGGAGCCGAUGCACACAGCUUGGCGUUCUUGAAAAAGUUCAAAAACUCGAAUGGACUAUUCAUCAGUGCUCCAACUGCAACAAAUUUGACAAGUGCUGCUGAAUUGGACAAUGUUCCGGCGAUUGCAAAUAUCAAAGGAGGAUCGACAGCGCAGUUGAAAAAGUUGGCGACUGGAAAUUGCCGAGAUCUCCGUUCGGCGCCAUUGUUUAAUGCAAAGUAUGAGCCAUAUGUGAUAUAUAAGGUACUUAAGUUUUUGUGAUAUAUAAACUUAAAUUUAAAUUUGAAUUUUUACAGUCACUCAUCAAAGGUGAGCUCUCUAUGUACGUCCUUGCUGGCGAUGAGAAAGAUGCUGAAAAACUUGGCCGAGCUUCUGGAACUGCAGAAGAAAUGAGCAAAGUCUUCGCGGAACACGGAACCGUUUCGAUCUUGGUUUGGAAACCUGCAGGUAAUGCGAAACCAAUUCUUCGCUCUCUUCUUUCCGGGAACUUGCUCCUUUGAACGUAUUCAAAAAUCACUGGAUCGCGCUUCAAAAUUCCUCCCAUUCCUCAACGGACCACUUGUGAAAACUGGCGAUAAACCGUUAGCAGCACCGACUGCAGCAGCUCCAUCUCGCCCGGCUUCGAAACCAAUUUCGCGACCAACAACAUCACGGCCAGCUGUUUCUUCCGCUGCUUCUUCAACAACAUCUCGCGCAGCUGCUUCAACUAGACCAGCUUCUGCAAAACCUGCAACAAGACCAGUUCAACCAGCCAGAGUUCCAGCUACAACCGCAAGAGCUCCAGUUGCACCACAAAGAACUGCAGUUGCCCCAAGACCUGCUCGACCAGCGGUUUCCAAAGUCGAACCAAAAACACGUCCAGCACCUUCUCGCCCAGCAGCUAAAGUCACAGCUAAACCUUUGAAUAAUGCAGCUAUGUAAGUUUUGUCAGAAUUUUUAUUCUAUUUAAUUAGAAAAUUCCCAAUUUUACAGCAAGAAACCGGCUGCUUCAUCAAAACCAGCUGCAGCUCCACUGAAAGCGGUUGCUCCGGUGAAAUCAGAUGCUCCAACUGUUGUUGCUCCACCAGUUAUUGCUCCACCGGUUGUGAUCACCGCUUCAGCCGAUGAUUCUGUGAUUAUAAUUGAUGAAGUUCAGAAUGGAUGUGAUAUUGUUGUGAUUCCACCGACUCCUGAACCAACAGCUAUUGCACAUGAAGAGGAACAUGUUGAACAACAACAACAUGUUCAGGAACAAUCUCAAAUUCAGGAACAACCACAAGAACCUCAAGUUGAAGAAGAAGUUCAAGAAGAACAAGUUCCACACUUCGAAGAAGAGCCAAUUCAAGAGCAAAAAGAGCAAGAAGUUAUCCAAGGAAUUGAUAAUGUUUCAACUCCGGAAACUGAAUUCGCCACAUCUGAGACUAAAAAUCAAUCACUCAUUGAGUUUGGAGAAGCUGAAGGCGCUACGAAUUUGGAGACAGCUCAAGUUCAAGCUGGAUUUGUCGCAUUCGACAAUGACUCCACUUUCACUUUGUCGGAAUCGAGUAAUGCUCAAGACACCACCAAUAAUUCAGCGGCUCUCAUCGAUUUUGCUGAAUUAUCAGCUCCAGCGGUUGCACCAUCACAAGAAGAUUCAGUUUUUUCAAAACCUGGAGAUAUUACUGAUUUGGCCAAUAAGCUUGGAGGUAUUGCAUUGGUGAGUUUAAGAAAAAUAAAUAAAUUGAAGUUUGAGGUGGAAUCGGUUUUUUUUAGGAUUCUCCACUUCCAUUCGUCCAUGCUAUGUCGGGAAUUAUUGCUUCAGGUGAGUCAGAAAUUCAAAAUGACUGUGGCUUUCUUAGUUCUGAAAAUUUCCAAUUCUAAUUCAUUGAUUAUCAGAGUUGAACUUUGUCCCGCCUCAAUCAAAUGGAACUCAAUCAGUUGUUGAAAAUCCUGUGGUUGAAAAUGGCAAUCGUGAAACAUCGAAACACGAAUUGAUGCAAGAACGAUCAACAAUUCUCUCGAAUGGCAACAAAGGCGAACCGGAAUAUGAGAAAGCGGAUCCAUUGAUUGAUGGAAUUUUGGACGCAUGUGCAAAUGAAUCGGAACAAGUCGAUGAGCAACAACAACAACAAACACCGCAACCAAUCAGCCUGGUUGAAUCUGAACCAUUAGGAAUGGUGAAAGAGGAAGCGGUUGUUUACAAAGGUCCAAAAGUUGCCAGACCGUAUUAUUUCGAUUUUGUCAAUAUUCCAAGAAAUGAGCAAUUGGAGACAACACUUGGAAAGCUGGAGAUGAGGGAAUUCGUCCACAAAAUUCGAUCGAGACAUUAUAUUCUUGCUAGCAAGAAUGCCGAAGAAGAUGUUCUCGAUUCGAUUCACUAUGGAUUCAAGCUCUGGGAAAAUUCCAGUAAGUUCUAGUUUUUUUUGCUCUGAAGUCCUGUUUGUUAAAAAAAAACAAAUGAGUUUCUUUUUUUGCAGAUUUGAAAUGUUCGAUCCACCCAACUCAUCACAAUUCUGCAAUCGGUCAAUUCAAAGCAACGCAUAACGAUGAAUCGGCAAAUUUCGAAGUUUGCUUGCCAAUCUCCAACUCGAUUCUUCGCGAUGGAACCGGCGAAGAAUAUAAGGUUGCUCGAAUCGCUCUUCGCGACGAAUUCGACUAA